AUGGAUUUCAUCAAGACCAGUUCCCUGCGUGCUCUGAGUGAGUUAACUUUCCAACGCAAUUGGAUUGGCAUCAUUUGGAUGAGUAGAAAUGAAGUUAUGAUCAAAAUUAGUGAAGACUGGUCCAGACGGCUUAUCGAGCAGCGUCCAACCGCGCACCGGCCGAACGAACUACUCCCACGAUCGUCCCGCGAUAUCCGCGUUCCAUCCCGCCAAUGCACGGCCGAGCUCACGUACCGACCCGGGAAGCACGUCCCGCGGUCGCCGUCCAAGUCUCGCCACCAUAAGCCGCGCACGACCGCACCGCGAACGGGAAGCACGCUCGCCCGCCGCACGCCACAACCGUGUCGCGCCGAUCCACCGUCCGACCAGGAAGGCAUCGUCCCACGUCCGGCCAAACCUUCGGCCAAACCAUCCAUCCGCCGACCCGACGCCGAACGACGAACCUCGGCCACGAUCGACCCGACGUACCGAUGGCCGACACGACCGAUAGCCGGCCGACCGUCCGAACGGUCCGGUCGACCCGAAGCCCGUUUUGAAGCCCGUUUCACAUGUUUUCAGCCCGGCUUAACCUAA